UGAGUGAAGAAAGAGGAACACGUCUCCUGUUUUCCAACAAAAUGUCGACAAAGACAGACGUAGAGGGCUCUGCAGGGAAUACUGCUAAAAAAGAAAAUGCCCCAGCCUUAGGCCCUGGGAUUGCCCCGAGUACUACUCCAGGCACAGCUCCUGGUACUGCUCCAGCUUCAGCUGCAGCUCCUGCUGGAGCUUCAACUCAAGACAUUGCUGCUGAAGCCCCGAGAGAAAAAAUGAUUGAGACUGCUGUGAAGUUCUUGCUCAAUCCACAAGUCAGAUCUAGUCCAAUGGUUCAGAAAAAAGCUUUCUUACGGAAAAAGGGUGUGUCGGAUGCAGAGAUUGAAUUGGCUAUUGAUCGAUCGGGAACGAGGCAAGACGUGGCACCACCUGCCAAUCAAACUCCUGUAGCCCCUCCCCAUCAAGGUCAGGCAACACAUCCUGGUGCUGUACCUCAACAACAAAUGGUACCAUACGUGCAGCCACCCCCACCAUCAAGGGUAACUACUUGGAGAGACUAUGCUGCCAUAGCCGUCAUCGUCAGUGGAGUUACAUUUGGAAUCUACCAAAUUAUCAUGAAAUUUGUAGCACCGUGGCUCAAGAGAAGAAAAGAAGAAGAGGAGAGAAUGAAGAGAUUGGAAGCUUCCAUUGAAGAACUAAACAAGAAUGUCUCACAAGCAGUUGCGGCCAUGGAUAAAUCUAUCAGCACCAUCCAGACUCUAAUGGAGAAACAAGAUCAGCAGCUCGCCAACCUCAAUGCCGAGAUAGUGUCAGGGAAAGCAUUGUCGAAUAGCAGAAGGUCCACCGAUACUACAGAGAUCAAGUCAGAGAUCAUGUCCUUGAAAGGAUUGCUUUUAAGCAGGCAUCAGUUCCCAUCCACUCCCCAGAGGACGACAAUACCCAGCUGGCAGCGGGGCAGCAGCGAUCAAUCAUCCACAAAGAGCAACUCGCCCCCUCCCGUCUCCUCCGAAGCCACCAACAACAUCUCGUCAUCCUCACCACCACCACCUCCUUCAAUCAGCAGCGAGCCGGUAACCAAUGGGGACUCCUUGUCCACCGACUCCACCCAGACGCCCAUCAAAGAGCCGAUCAGAGAGAACGGGACCGAUGACAUCCAGCCGAACCCAAGUCCCACCCCCGAUGAGCAUGUGAAUGGGAGUGUGAAACCAGUUGGGAGUCAAGCCACGCCCACUUUAGAUGGUACUGCCUGAGGUGGGCGAUAGACUUUGAAUGACUGAAGUACUUCCAGACUCCAAGCUUCACACUCAUUCAACAAACAUUGGGAAACAUAUCAAGGGAUGGAGUUGAGGUCGGGAGUCCAAAGUCGUAAGACCAUUGGUUAAAUUAUCUUCCAUAAGGUUUGUUUCACCUCGAUCGAUAACUUGAGAAUGACCAAUACUCGGUCUCUGGUAACAUGCUUUUGAUCCGUUGUGUGCCAGGGAAAUUGUAGCUCUAUUGAAUUUGUGUAUUUCAUGGUGCCUUUUGCAUAUUUGGAUAUGUCAAGAGUUACAGUUUCCCUGAGAACUCUCACAAAUUCUGUCCAAAGUGUGUUUGAUUGUCAAGUAGAAAGGAGGUUUCCAAAUUAGGUACUAUUACCCCCUUGCCACUCGCUUGCUGGACAUGUUUGCCAGUUCUGCAGGAACGUGAUAUUUAAGUGGUAAUGUUUAUCUGAGAAUUGAUGAUGAUGGUGAUGAUGAUAAUGAUGAUGAUGGUGGUGAUGACGAUGACGAUUAUGACUUUGAUGA